AUGCAAACGCAUUCAGUAAUGAUGUUAACUGACCAUACUUCAGUUAUUAGCAACAUAUAUGGUAUGGACCUCGACAGGCGGAGCGAGUUUCUAGGAUGUGUCUCGUUCCCACUAAAAGAUGCAAUUAAUUGCGACAUAUCCGGCACGUAUUUUCUGCAGCAAGGCCCCGGACGCGGCCAGAACGCGGCACAAGCGUACACCAAUGACAGAUUUGUUAAGGACAGCGUGACUGAAGGGGAUACACGCAAGAUGGCUACCGACAACACUGAAACUAGCACUAACGAAGGCACCAAAGAAAACCAUACUGAUAAAGGGGUAACGACAAAUGGCCCAGCAUCAACCGCAGUAAGCCAAGCGCAAGCAGUGGCAGCUGCUCUCCAGCGGGAGGCUGACGAGCACUUGUUCCUUAGGUAUCUAGAGCUGGAUCCACCAGAAGAUCCCAAUGCACCUAGAAGAGCGCAAAGAAAUGGAAGGACGCCAUUUACGACAACUAGAAAACUCGUCCGUGGAACAAGUGGUGGUUUCGGCUUCACAGUAGUGUGGACCAGACCACCUAGGGUGGAGAGGGUUGCAGCAGGAGGAUCUGCAGAACGUGCGGGGCUUCGGGCCGGAGAUUAUCUUGUGUUCGUGGGCAACAAGAACGUGGUUACUGGCAAUGAAGAAGAAGUCCGAAAUCUCGUUAAGUCAGCGGGUCAGACGUUAAUUCUAGAAACCUUUAGAAGAGUGCCACCAAACGGUGUUGGGAUCCGACCAAAACUAGCACAGGUCACAAUCCCUACUGCGGAAUCUACACCUCCUCCUCCAAGAUCUCCUCGUAUAGCAGCCCUGGCGUCCCCGGCAACUGCAGCUAGGCCACCCACUGCCUGUUCCUCCACCAGUCAAUCCUUGGACCGGCGCAAGCUCCAUCUACCCCAAGUCACAUUCUCCAAGGAGACGCCAGGUCUUUCAACUGACGGUAGAAAACGCGCUCUCCUAGCCGUAGUAGCAAGAGAACAACACUACGCCACCUGCGUGCAGUUCGGUCUGGUCAGAUUCGUGUCGCCUCUUGCUGAACGAGCAGACCUAAUAGCGCCCAAUGAUCACCAGCUGUUGUUCCAAAAUAUUGAAGAAAUCUUCAGACUCUCAGAAGAUAUACUAGAUCAAGUAGUACAGGAUGAUGGUGAAAUCCAGACGUCGACGGUGGUUGCCGUCUAUCUGCAGAAGACCCCUGUGUUCCUUAGUCUUUAUAAGAAGUAUUGCUUAGGCCUUAAAAGAGCUGACUGUGUUCUGGUAAAAAAGUCUAAAGACCCAAGUGGAGCUUUCUCCCGCUUCUGCACAAGUCCACCAAUUCCCCGGAGAAGACCGGACAUAACUUCAUUAGUACACAAACCCUUAGAGCAAUUCCGAGAGCUUUUAAGAUUAAUUAGAGCAGCAGCUGCAUCGAAUGGUGCAGGGCCUUAUGAUCAACUAGAAAAGAAACAGCUUCAAGUGAUAGUGGAACAAUUGCAGAGUGCGUAUCAAGACGUUACGGCUGGGUCCGGACUAAUGGGUCUCGCUGGUGACGGCAAACCGCUGCUAUCUGUUGCCGACUUGGAGAGUCGACUUGUGUUCACUAGGUGUAAGCCAUUUGUGCUAAGUACAGCAGGACGUCAAUGGAUCUUUGGUGGUGAGCUGUCAAGAGUGGAAGGUCGAGCAGUAAGACCAUAUUGGGCAUUAUUGUUCAGUGACCUUCUACUCUUCGCCACUGUGUCCAGGGACAGAGUACUGUUUGUGACAGAAGAGCCCGUGGCGUUAAUAACAGUCUCUGAGGCCCAGUUCAAUGUCAGAAAAAAAGCGACAGAGUUCCGGUUGAUUCUGGGUCGUACAGGUGGUGAGUCUCCGUUGGUUUCAUGUGCACCGCGAACCCCGAAACGGACGAGGUCCUUGGCUUUAAGGGCGCCAUCCGUUGACCUUAAAGCUGUAUGGCAGAGCUUGCUACAGAGACAGAUCUAUCGUGCACAUACUAUGUCCGGGACACCACUUGGUUCACCGCUGGAUUCACCAGACCCUCAGCUCACGUUCUCCUUAGCGACACUGGACUCGCAACAACGCCAGGUAUCUACGUCAAGCAUUCAACGACAUUCCAGUCUAGCACUUCUUCCAGCAAGUUCUUAUCGCUCACAUCUGAACAUGCUCGUAGAAGAGCGGCCAGAGAAAGAAGUCAGAGUGAGUUUUGAUGUUCGAACAAAUUCAGAAUCACCCCUCCCUCAACCAGUGAGAGGUCCACUUAGCAGCGUCUGGAGGACAGCCCCCACGCCAGAAACACCAUCAGCUAAUUUAUCCCCAGCUGAAUCUCAAACUUUCUCCUCCCAUUUUGUUUCAUCAUCUAGUAUUGAAAAAAAUUAUGAACGUCCUACUUCACCUAGUGCCCUACUUACUCCUGACGGUGGUGAAGAUUAUUCAGAAAGUUCUCCCUGCAGAUGGGAGUCUUUCGAAGCUGAUUUAGCUCUAGCAGAUUUGGACGUUGACCCCUCGUACAAACAUGCUGUGGAGGAACGUAUUUUUAUGCCUGAUGAUCCCCUCCUCCCACGUAUGGCAUUACCAGAACGGCCAACACCGCCGGCUUACUUGGAACUUUGA